GUCUGGGUGUAGAAUGAAUGUGAAUAUCUGUUUACAGUGAAGUAGGAAAAUAUGUGGCAUCAUCAUUCUCAAGAAAUUGUCUUUUAAAUUAAUAAAUAACUAAUCAAAUAAUGCAAGAGUUAUUUACCGAAAAUACUUUAAAACUUACAAAAACGUGAUUUGCAACAAACAGUAGGGGCAGUAGUCUUCCGGGUGCGUACGCUCUAGUGCAAUGCAGUGCAGUACCCGGACCACGAAUCCAGGAAGAGAGAAAAAUGGUUGCUGAUGUAGAGGAAUGAAAGAAUCAGUGUCUAGGUCACGAUUAAACUAAAUGGAUUGGACUUACGUUUUCACACACAUGCGCUUUGUCAUGGCUCAUUGCUGUAAGUAAAGGCCAGGAUAGAAACGUUAAUCUUAAUUGGUUGUUUUGGUUUUGUUGUGGGAUAGCUAGCUACUGUUACAGCUGAAAAUGUUAGAGGGUUCAUCUGUAUAACAAACAAGGUGAUGUUACUCUAUAACAUAAACGAGAUCGUUGAAAGCAGCGUUGCUGCAAACAGAUAGUUAUGCAUAUCAACAUUUGGACGAGGGGUUGCGAAGAUUAACAUGUUGUGACACAUACAUAUUUACCUUACCUUGCUACACUAGCUUUCUAGAUCAUUUAUAUGCAGCCUGCUACACUCUGCCUAAUUAGUCAGGUGGUCUUGCACGUUAUCUCAAAACCACACCAGAACGGUAUAGCCAAGUCAGUGGUUUCGUGUCAGUUUUUGUGCAUCGUUCAUUCAUUGCAUUUCUUAAGCAACCUUUUCUGUGGGUUUCCUCAGGGACUUACUUCUAAAGGCAGAUACACAAACAUGACUUGGAACGUUGAAGAGAGUUGACCUCAAGUUCAAUGAUAUAGUGCCCAACAUCUAAAACAGAUAUUUCAUGAUGGAACACUACAUUUAGUCACUCCCAUUUUGCCCCAGUGUUUUACACAGUUUAAUGCUCUAGUCAAGUCCCCUUUUUCCACUUUACCAAAGUGUGGUUCAAAUAGUCCUCCAUCAAAAUGUUUUCUGCACUGAAGAAGUUGGUUGGCUCCGAGCCUGGGCCACCAAAAGAGAAGAACAUCCCUGCAGGCCUUCAGUCAAUGAACCAAAGCUUACAGAGGCGCUAUGCAAAGGGUGUUCAGUACAACAUGAAGAUAGUCAUUCGUGGAGACAGGAACACGGGCAAGAGCACCUUGUGGCAACGACUUCAGGGACAGAAGUUUGUGGAGGAGUACAUCCCUACUCAGGAGAUCAAGGUCACAAGCAUCCACUGGAGCUACAAAACAACUGACGAUGUGGUGAAAGUGGAAGUGUGGGAUGUGGUGGAUAAAGGCCAAAAAUAUCCUCUUCCUGAAGGUGUAGGAAAAGGAAAGAAGAAAGGUGAUAACCUGAAAUUAGAGAAUGAACCACAGGAGCAAUCAGACAAUGAAGUGGCUUUGGAUGCAGAAUUUCUGGAUGUUUACAAGAACUGCAACGGUGUGGUCAUGAUGUUUGACAUCACCAAACAAUGGACGUACAAUUAUAUUCUACGAGAGCUGCCAAAGGUGCCCCACCAUGUGCCGGUGUGCGUCCUCGGCAACCACCGGGACAUGGGCGACCACCGCAUCAUUCUGCCGGAUGACAUCCGCGAUUUCAUAGCGGGCCUCAACAGGCCGCGCGGCUCGUCUUACAUCCACUACGCCGAGUCCUCCAUGAAGAACGGAUUUGGCCUCAAAUACUUACACAGAUUUUUCAACAUUCCUUUCCUACAACUACAGAGGGAGACUUUGCUGCGGCAGCUCGAAACCAAUCAGCUGGACAUUGACGCCACGCUGGAGGAGCUGUGUGUGCAGCAGGAGACCGAGGACCAGAACUACGAGAUUUUCUUAGACAUGACGGACUCCCGCGGUAAAGGGUACAGCUCCCCUGGCCGGGCCAACGGACAGAGCCCCUCCUCUGGGUCCCAGUCCCCCGUCGUCCCCCCGAGCCGGGACUCCGCGGACUCCAGCCCCGGGAUUCCGCAGUCCCCCGUCCCCACCCAGGUGCAGCAGUCUCCCCCGUCAUCCUCUACGUCCUCCCUGCCCGAGCCCUCCAGCGCUGCUGCGUCACCACCUCCUCCACCUGACCUCCAGGCUCCCGAGCAGACGACGCCCUUCCCUUCCCUCUCCACAGCCCCUCCCACCCCCACGGCCGCCCCUCCCCUGAAGCGUGGUAUCAUAUCCCGGCUGUUUGGAUCGUCUCCCGUCCCGGAACCUCCUGCUGCCAAACCAGAGCCUCCUGCUCCGGUGUGUCCAGAGAAAGUUCAGAGUGUGGAUGACUUUGUGCCAGAUGAUGGUCUGGACCGGAGCUUCCUGGAGGAGAGCAUUCCACCCAAAGCCCGUGUGGCACCCCCACCCUCAGCCUCAGCUCCAGUGGACAGCGACAGUGAUGGAGAGGGCCAAGGAGGAAACCCAAUGGUGGCUGAGUUUCAGGACGACCUCGACCUCGAUGACGUCGAGGCUGCCCCCCUCCCACCCCCUAGCGUCUCGAUUCCCAGCAAAGACCUCCCAUUAUCAAGUGACGAAGACGAACUGCAGCCCAAAGUCACUGUGGCUCAGGACGAGGAUCUGGAAUCAGAGCCCCAAAAUCCCAUAGAGGACUUGGACUCAUUGAGUCUACACAGCCAGAGCAAAGCUCCAGAGGCAGUACUCACCACUCAUACAGAGCAGAUUAAGAUGGACGCUCAGGCCCCAGAGCCAACUGCUCUCGUGCCAACCUCAGUGCCCGCGCAGCCGAUCAAGCAGAGCAAGAGGAGAGAGGCGAAAGAGGCAAUCGCCCAGGCCGAGUCCUCAGACACCGACGGCGACGCUCCUGUGGCCAAACAGUUGCUGUCCUAUGUCAUGGAUGAUCCUGACUUUGAGAGUGAGGAGUCAGACACCCAGAAAGCUGUGAAGGAGUCGUUUCCUGUCAGGAAUGACCUCUCUGACCUUUCUGAUGAAGACAUCAUUCCGGAGAAAAUGCCCGAGCCCAUGAAACCCACAGUGCUGUCUUUCAAAAGCAAGAAUGAGAAUGACCUCUUCGGUUUGGGUUUCGAGAACAAAGCAGCGACAAACAAAGAAAGCAGUGAUGAGCAAGAUGUGAAAGAGACCAAGCCCUCCACCAAAGAGAAGAAGAAAAAGAAGAAGAAAAACAAAGAGGAGGAGGAUAAGGCCAGCAAGAAGAAGCACAAGCACAAGAAGAAGGAGAAGGACGAAGCCGGAACGGGAGAUGAGAAGGAGAAGGAGAAGAGGAAGAAAAAGUCUCGGAAAAGUGGCGACUUGGACGACCUGGAGUCCUUCUUGGCAGGAGGCGCGGAGGCCGCGAAGAGAGACGAGGGGGACUAUGAGGAGCUGUAGGAGCCCAUCCACUACGGUGAAGAGAUUGGACUGCGUUUGGAUUGUCCUAUCCACGACGGGGGGACUCGCAAGCAAAUGCCCCCCCUUCCCCCCGAGCUCUGUGGCACUGGUUUAUCCUCCACGGUGUCCCACACCAGUGCCACUGAGCCAAGACGCAGCGCAGAGGGGGCCCCCAGCUCCCACCUCGGGCACAGAUUGCAAUAAGUACAGAUGCUACUGAGAAAUGCUACGUUUUAUCCUGGCUAUAACUAGCUUUUUAUAUCGGAAAUCGGAAGCGCUGAGUUUUAUAUACUGUUACUCUCCCCACUUUAAGACAUACCACUCCAAUUUUAGUUUGGGUCCUGCUGUUGUAGGCAGCGCUGUAAUGCAUGCCUCUUAAGUUGCUAAUAGAUAGCCUUUGUCAUUGGAUAUUUCUCUUGUUUACCUAGUAGUGUAGAUAUGAAUUUCGUAUGAAUGUACGAGUUGUGCAUUUCUUCUGGGGUAUAUGUACAUUUGUUGUGAAGGGAAGAUAUGACUCUAACAGAUCCGUUUUGAGUUUUUGUCUUUUUUUUUUUCCUGACAUUCAUGGUGAAAAAUAGUAUGCAGCCCCUUCGAUUAAUGCCUUAAAGAAAAUCACUGCAAAAAAUGCAUGUUCUGGUAAAUGCCAUCUACUCCAUUUAAAGUGGUCUUACUACAAUGUCUAUUAUCAUGUCAAGUUCAUUAAUUGUAAUUGUGUUAUAGCUGUGUUUAACAAGACACCUUAUGGUCUUCAGUGAGUCUGUCAUUAUGUCAGAUACAUUUCUAAAUGGCGGCUUACAUUUUUCUAUGUAUACAGGUCUGGUUUCUUUUAGAUGCUGUCUUCAAGAUACUUACUGGCCUAUUAAAGUUAUGGGUUGAGUUGGGUAAUUAGACUCCUGAAUUUAUCUACAGACUUUUAAAUGAUAGGAUUGAAAUAGUGCAGAGACAAUAAAGCAAGAAUGCUGUACAUUUCAGAAGUUAUUUUGUUUUUCCUUUAAGGAUCGUGAUGGUAUAAUUGGCAAAAGCCUUCAGUUAAAGAUUUGGUUUAAGUCUGUUCUGGGUGUGUAAACACCACCACAAUUGUAUGUUGUGUAUGGUUUCAUUUUGUACUCAAAGCUGUCCUUUAACUUUACAGUAUGGUAUCAAAAUAGGGAAGAUUAAUUUCCCUUCACUUAACCCAUUGAACUUGUAGUUUACCAUGACAAAAUCACAAGAUUUUGUUAAACAUUUUGUCAGGUCGUUCUGAUAUGCGCUUUUCUUUUGUGUGGUUGUGCUCAAUCACCUCUUGCCAAGAGAUUUCAGAAACCUAAGACGUCACGACAGAUCUCACUACCUACAGGCAAGCUUUUGUGACGGCCCUCUGUGCAAUUGGAGGCUCACUGUGUGACUGCAAAGGAGAAGCAUGGGCUGUACCACUCAGGCUCUUUAGAUCAAUGAUGGCCUCCAUCUUGAAGGGGACAAACUGCUGUACAUGCCAUGUAAAGUUCUCUUGCCAUGAAACCAUAUCACCUGUGCCCAAAUGGCUGUGUAAUCAUGAACCUCUGCUUCGUGUCUCUUUGUCUCUGCUGUUUUUUUUUUUUUUACCUGUGUGGUUUUGUUCUGUAAGAGACUGAAAUUUAGAGAUUAUCGGUGUUCCAAGUUGUCCUAAAAAAAUGGUGACUCUGUUGCAUGCUUAUUAAUCAUGUAGGCUGUGUUGCUCCCAAUUAAUAAAUACAGUAAUGAGA